AUGGCCCAAUCCUCCUUAGAUGACAUUUCGCCCCCCUUCGAACACUCAUCUGGGCUUUCUCCCUCUCCAGCGGCGGCAGAACUGCCCACAGCCACUGAGACGAUGGGUGCGACACAUCCUCACGAUGAUGUCGAUGACACCGGUUUCCCUGCCCUCGUCCCCAUUGCGAUCGUAGGUAUGGCGAUGAGGCUACCGGGAGGAGUGACUAACGCCCGUGACUUCUGGCAAAUGCUGAUCAACAAAAGAGAUGGCCUUUGCCGGGUACCCAGGGAUCGGUACAAUAUCGACGCCUUCUACCAUUGUGACGGGGUUCCCGGGACCAUUCGGACUGAACACGGGUGUUUCUUACAACAAGACAUCGCCCAGAUGGACACCGGUUUCUUCGGCAUGUCGAAGGUCGAGGCCUCCAAAUUGGAUCCCCAGCAGCGAAUGUUACUGGAGGUGGUGUGGGAGUCCUGGAGCCAUCCCUCAAAUUCCGAGGGCCCAGAUUUAGGUGAACAGGAAGACAAGCUCCGUUACUUCCUCGCCGAGAUUGACAAAGAUCCAUCCAUCCUCAACGAUCCAGAUACCGAGAACCAAUUCACUUACGAGCUGGGGAAGAUGAUUGCGACCCCCAUGUCUUACCCAGAGGACAUGGAACUGGAAGAAUUGGCUGCUAUUGCUAUAGACUCGCUCAUGGCGAUUGAGAUUCGAAGCUGGUUCCGCCGUCACUUUAAAUUCGAAAUCUCCCUCCUUGAGAUCGCGAACGCGGGAACCGUAGGGGGACUCAGCAAGGCAACGAUGAAGAUUCUCCGCGCCAAGUAUGCCUCCGAGGAGCUGAAGCCUGGUGAUGGAAGUGCCAUGCUUGAUGCACAUCGUGGCGAGGCUGACAAUGCCGAACUAUGUCUACGGGAUUGGGAACUGGGUCGAGACCUCCACCCAAUCGCGGAGACAGCGCCAGAAUGGCAUGCCCCUGAUGAGGGCCCUGUUUUAUUCACCCGCGCGACUGGCUUUCUCGGGGCCUACCUCCUCUCAUUACUGGUCGGUCUCCCGCAUGUGCAGCAAGUGGUAUGUCUUGUAAGAGCUCCCAAUGCAGAAACAGGUCUCUCGCGAAUCAAGAAGGCAUUUCAGCGAUAUGGCCUCCCGCUGGAUUUUGAGUCGAAGUUGAAGGUGGUUGCGGGGGAUAUCGUCAACCCCAUGCUAGGCCUCGGAACAAAGCAGUACGCGGAGCUUGCUGAAUGGGCGAGUGUGGUGUUUCAUUUGGCUGCUGUGGUAGAUUACACCCUGCCUUGUUCAUACCACCGCGACGCCAAUGUCAUGGGCCUGCUCCAUUUGCUUCGUUUUGCCAAUACUGGUCGUCUGAAGUCUUUCCAUUAUACUUCCUCGAUCAGUGCCUGGGGUACGCGCAUUUAUCUCACGGGCGAAAUGGUUCCCGAGGAUGAGCGGCCACCUUUCGACUUGGACGCUCUCGAACAGCUUUUCGGCUAUGCGCAAAGCAAGGUCGUAGCAGAACAGUUGGCCUGGAACGCGCUUGCCAACGGCUUCCCCGUCACCAUCCACCGACCCGGCUAUGUCACUGCUCAUAGUGUGCCGGGCAUGUCCAAAGCGUCCGACUUGGUGAAUUAUUUGAUGAGCAGUUGCAUCCGCCUGGGCAGCUAUCCGGCUGCGCCUAACAUCCGCAAUCAAUUCACCCCGGUUGAUAUCUGUUGCUCUGCUCUUCUGCGCUUGUCUCUGGCCCCUGCCAGCCUUGGCCAUGCGUUCAACAUUGUGCGGCCAGACCAGAGUCAAACCGUGACGUUCGAAGAGACCUUCGAGCUGCUGAGUCGCGAAUGCUCCUCCCCACUCCGCCGCUUGCCGACGGCCGAAUGGAUCGAAGAAUUCUGA